CGAGGAUGCAGCGAGGCCCCGCCGAGCUCGGCCCGGCCCCGCGGGCCCGCGCAGGCGCAGCGCUCGGGCGGGAUGGCAGCGGCGGCGGUCGUGCCGGGGCCGGGGCCCGCGGAGGCGGCGGCGCCCGGGGAGGAGGCGGCGGGUACGGGGCCGCAGGGCCCCUGUCCGGCCCGCCUGGCCCGGCUGCCGCUGGCGCGGGUGAAGGCGCUGGUGAAGGCGGACCCGGACGUCACCCUGGCCAGCCAGGAGGCCGUGUUCGUGCUGGCGCGGGCCACGGAGCUGUUUGUUGAAACCAUAGCCAAAGAUGCUUACGUGUAUGCCCAGCAAGGAAAAAGGAAAACCCUGCAAAGAAAAGACCUGGAUAAUGCCAUUGAAGCUAUUGAUGAAUUUGCUUUUUUGGAAGGUACUUUGGACUGAGCUGGACAGAGACAGAGCUCUCUGGAGAGACUGCAGAGGUGGUGUGAGAUGGGAAACGGGAUGCUGAGAGUUCAAAAAUAAUUCCUAGAAUUGAGACACUGAAAUUGAGACAUGGCAACCAUGAUAUUUUGUAUAAAGUUGAAGUUGUUGUAAGUUCUUUAUUUAAAAUGCAUAUUUUUUCAUAACUAUUUUGUAUGUCCCUUCCCAUGUGGUUGCCGUGCAGCUCUCUGCUCUGGCCAGGUUACACAGCAGUUACUCCCAGUAGCAGUCCCAGCCUCUCUGGAUACUCUGCAGCACCACGGAGCUGUGAACAGCGAGUGCCUUGGCUCAGGUGCCCAGGCACAAGAAAUUUUUUUUAUGGAAAUAUGGAUUUUGUUAAUAUGUUUGUCUCUUAACACAAUUAAGUUGUUGUUGUUGUUGCUGUUGAGCAGCUAUGCUGAUUCCUGCUCUGGGCUGGGGUUCCUGUAGCAUGGUGGGAAAUAGUGUAGUUUUGAUAGGGUGCCUUCUCUAGCAUUUUGGUUUUGAUAAUUGUUUUCUCAAGGCAUCUAUUCCAGAGAAACCCAGCUGUCCUCUAGGAGCUGGGGAUGAGCUCCAGGGGAGCUCGGCUUGGCCUGAGGGCAGUGCAGCUUCUCUAAGUGCCUGUGACUGUUGCACUUGUAAGUAAUUGUAGGAAAAAACCCCAACCCAACCCCCCAAACCUCAUUUUGAAUGCCAGGAGAGUGUCCACGCUGCCAUCUUUGUUCUCUUGUGUGCUCUCACUCCUGAAUCUGGCAAAACAUUUUCCCUGGGACCUGGAUCUGUAGCAGACACAGGGCCGGUUAUGGCUCCGUGGAGGGAUGUUUAGAGAUAGGUAUUUGCUGAGUCAUAGGAAUUGAACCAGGAGUCCUCACUCUGGUCCUCCAGGCCUGCUUAUCUCUCUGUGACCCCAUAGGCUAGUUUCCCUGACCCUUACUAUUGGUCAGUUUCCAAUCCCCCCUAAUCCUAUAAAAGGGGCUGUCUGGGCCCAUUUUGUUGGAAGAGCUGCAUUCGGACCCUUUACAAAACCCUCAGAAUAAACCAUCGUGGAACACUCUGAA